AUGUUGGCUUUCGGGGAAGGGUUGGUGCAGCCCGAUUGGGAAGCUGCCCUGUACCGGCCCGGAAUCGCGUUUAAGCUCCAGGCUUUCAUGCGUGAAAUCGGUUUCGGGGACGAACGGCUGUUCCUCGCCGUAGGUUGUGUGUUCUUCUCCUCCAUUCUGUGUAUCAUGAAACAGUCACAGCCUACUCUUUGA